GUAAUUAAUUGGUAGCAAUAAAAGAUAAAAAAUGGAUUUACGAGGUAAUAUUUUACAAGUAUUUUUUGAUAAUCCAUCAGACAAAGAAUAUGAGCACUUUCCACCUGAAAGAGAACGUCAUAUUAAAAAUCCACAUUAUUUUGAAAAUGUUGUUUUGACAUAUACUUUAACCGGAAAGACUUUGAAAGCAAGGAUGAAGAGACUUUUGCUGUAUUACUUUAAUUUUGCGCAGAUUUUAAAUCACAUUUCCGAGUGGAAAAACAUACGUAUGAAAUGUUAGUGCAAACUCUUGAACAACGUUUACAUCGCGAGCACAGUCCUGAAAAAAUGCCUCCAGGAAAACAAAUAGCCAUUGCUUUAUGGUUCUUUGGUAAUCAGGAAGUUUACAGAUCAAUUGCAGAUCGAUUUGGAGUAUCGAAAGAUAUUGUUUGGAAGUGUGUAUAUGAGAUUGCAAUGCUACUAACUGAAGAUGCCUACAGAUAUAUAAAAUGGCCUGAACCACAUGAAAUGGUUUUCAUUGAAAGAGAAUUUCGUCAAUUACAUGGUUUUCCUGGAGUAAUUGGUGCAAUUGAUGGUUCCCAUAUAACAAUAAGUGCACCUACAGAAAAUCCUGAUAAUUAUAUUAAUCGUAAAGGGUAUCAUUCAAUUUUAUUACAAGGAAUUUGUGAUCAUACAUUAAAAUUUAUUGAUGUUUUCACGGGAAUGUGUGGGAGCGUUCACGAUGCAAUAGUAUGGCGUUUAAGUGACAUUGCAACAUUAAUAGCACAAGAUGAAAAUAGAUACUUUCAAAAUCAGUAUCAUCUUCUAGCAGAUUCAGCAUAUCCAUUAUCAAAUUAUAUGUUAACUCCAUAUCGAGAUAACAGUCAUUUGAACAAUGUACAAAGAAGGUUUAAUACAACACUAUCAAGAACACGUGUAGUCAUCGAGCGUACUUUUGGGAUGUUAAAAGGAUAGAUUUAAAAAAUUAAAAUAUAUUUACAUGUAUACAGAGAUGAUACCUUUAGUUAUUAUCACUUGUUGCAUCUUACAUAAUAUAUGCAUAGAAAAUGAAGAUGCACCUAUAGAUGACAAUAGAUUUGACGAAAUAGAAAUACAAGGUAAUGACAUUGCAUUUAUAAAUGGAGCAGAAAAAAGAGACAUUAUCUCUAAUUUAUUAUAAAAUUGCU